CUCGGUUUUUGCACUCCUUUCUUCGCUCCAAUAAAUAUUCUGUACACUCUACUGGUUUUCACUGUCAUAGGAAUAUAUGUAAGACUGGCGGACACGUGGAAUAAUAUCGUUCCUAAGUAACAAGAAAUCACGUCCGGAUAACUCAAUAAGAUAAACACUCCUACGCAAGCGAAAGUAGUUCCUGAUAGGAUUAUCAUUGACAGUUCUUUGCUUGUUGCUUUUAUCAAUUUAUGUUGCCAGUUGAUUCUAUAAAAUACGAUGGUGAAAAUGGAUGCAAACACCCCAAGGGAAGCCAAUGUAAUUAGGAUAAUAGAGGAAAUAUCUGUAGAGCGUAGAUAAUAGGCUUCAAUCCGUUCACAUGUCAGAAAACUAGUUUGGUUAGGCCAUUCGUAAACAGGACAGACAUUGCAAUGAUGUUGCAUCUGAUCAUGAAUUUCAUUCUCUCGACAUUUGCGACAUGCCCAGCAACAUGGACGAUAUUUUACGGCAACCUUAACAUAACCAGGCAUGCAAUCUCGGCUGCAGACGCUUUCUGGAACGCUACUCAAUAUUGCACCUCUGUCCGAAUACCAAACAACCUCAGGUUCAUUAAAUAUCAAGUUAUCAUUAUGUUUAUCCCAAGCCCCCACAGUUUUCCACGUGUAUUCAUGCUCUGGUUCCACAUCAUCUCGCUGCCAUUGUCGCACCAUGUAUUUUGUAACAAUGUUACCAUUAUGGUCAAAUUCCAUACCUUGGCUUGUCCCGUCAAAACUAACGUUCUUAAGAAAUUCUACCAUGCUCUUACGUUCAAGACAAUUGUGCAGUUCAGAAGAACUGACAUUACAACUGGUUCUGAUAUAAUUAUGGAGCGCUGUUGCAAUGGCAAAUACGGCAUCCGUUCCCAGAGAAAUCGAUGGGUGUGUCGCAUAAGAGUGUUUCGCUCUUUGAUAGUACGUUUCAUUCAUGGUACAUUUGUCUCUAGACGCCGUGGCAUCAAACGAACACCGAAACUGCCUUUGCCAGAACAUCUUGAACCAAGGGUUGCGGAGAUUUGACGCCGGUGUGAGUGAUUUAAAGUAGGCAUCAAAUUCACCAUCGGACCUUGAAAAUGGAAGCAUGUGAAAAGCUCCCAGGGCGUGCUCGUAUUGUGCUCGAUAUAUGUUCCCACCAGACUCACUCAGUAUCCAAAUAAAUCGCUUCUUUAUUCCUAGCCUUAUCAUUUUGUUUAAUAGCGACCUCGUAUGGGCUGAUGUAGAGUAUACAAUGACAACCUUCGCAUCGGAGUUGUCCACCAACGAUUCCACAAUAUUCGUGUAAUUCGUCACUCCUUUCACGGAACUUACCUCUGCGGAGAAUGCAAUACAUAUCCCCAUU